GUAGCCAAUCGGAGCGCCUGCUGCAGAUCGUACAUAGUUUGAAAAUACGUGCUGAACUGAUAGUUGUUUCCGUUGGCGGUUGGCCACCCAUUGAUUGUUUUUGGUUUGUGUACAUCAUGAAUUCCAAGAAGAAAGAUAAAAACCAGCACAUUAAAGUGUUUGUUAGAGUAAGGCCAAUGAACAACUCUGAAAAAAAUCAGAGAACUACUAAUGUCGUUGAAAUUUCUGGUUCAAAAGAAGUGAAAAUCAGCGAAAGGACUUCAGAUAAAGUAACAAAAACUUUUACCUUUGACAGUGUUUUUGGACCCAGUUCUAAACAGAUUGAUGUUUAUAACUGUGUUGUUAGUCCAUUGAUUGAUGAGGUGUUGUCUGGCUACAACUGUACAGUAUUUGCUUAUGGCCAGACUGGCACAGGAAAGACAUUCACUAUGUUAGGCGAAAAGGGGAAUGCUUUAAGUUCGUGGCAAACUGAUCCUCUUGCUGGUGUUAUUCCAAGAGCUGUAGGACAUCUGAUUGAUGAAUUGCGAAUACAAGAUGUUGAGUACACCAUUAGAGUGUCUUUUCUGGAGUUGUACAACGAAGAGCUGUUUGAUUUGCUGUCUCCAGUUGAUGACAACAGUAAAAUAAGGCUGUUUGAAGAUUCAACUAAAAAAGGUUCUGUUAUUAUUAAUGGGCUGGAGGAGGUGACAGUACACAGCAAAAAUGAAGUUUUCAAUAUAAUGGAUCGUGGUACGACCAAACGGCAGACAGCGGCCACUCUUAUGAAUGCAAAUUCCAGCCGCUCACAUACAGUGUUCUCUAUAACAGUCCAUAUGAGAGAGAAAGCUGUUGACAGUGAGGAACUACUGAAAACGGGCAAAUUAAAUCUUGUUGAUCUUGCUGGGAGUGAGAACAUAGGCCGCUCAGGAGCAGUUGAGAAACGUGCCCGUGAGGCAGGCAAUAUCAACCAGUCUCUCUUAACUUUGGGGCGAGUUAUAACUGCACUUGUCGAGAAAGCUCCACAUAUACCGUAUCGAGAAUCUAAGCUUACACGUUUGCUUCAGGAUUCUCUUGGAGGCAGAACAAAAACAUCGAUAAUAGCCACCAUAUCACCAGCUUCGUGCAACAUUGAAGAAACAUUGAGCACACUUGAAUAUGCCAACCGUGCAAAGAAUAUUCAGAACAGACCUGAAGUGAAUGAAAAACUGUCUAAAGCACAGCUCAUAAAGGAAUACACUGAGGAAAUUGAUCGCCUGAGACGUGACCUGUUGGCAGCUCGUGAACGAAAUGGUGUAUAUAUUGCAUUGGAAAAUUACAAUGAGAUGACACGACAGCUGGAAUUGAAUCGUCAAGAAAUAAAUGAAAAGCUGCAACUUGUUAAAGUUCUGGAGAAGGAGAAGGCUGAUAAAGAGGCUUUGUGCAACCAACUUCGCAUGUCUUUGGAAGAAACAGAAGGUGAACUAGUGGAUUCCAAGAAUACUUUGAAGUUAGCUGCAGAAACAGUUAAAGAGCAACUUGACAAAGAGAAGCAGCUAAUGGAACAAGCACAGAGUAUACUUGCCGUUGCAAAUACUUCUACUGUUGAUACACACAAGCUCCAUGAUAAACUUGACAGGAAAAGGUCUGUUGAACAGGAGAAUUCCCGAAUCAGUCAUGAUUUUCGCUUAGAGUUCCACAAAAAAAUUACUGAGAUACAGGGUGACAUCACAAAUUUUUUAAGUGGGCAUAUAACGGCCUUAAAUGAAAUAAGAAAAACACUUGAUGAAAGUGUACAGAAGAAAAAUGAAGAUCUAUCCAUAUUAAGUGAUGAUCUGGCUUCCUUAGUAAAUAUGCUAACAACUACCUUGCAGAAGUGGAACAAAAAAUCUUCUGAGAAGAUAGGUGCAGCACAACAAAAUACACAAAAUCUUCUUCAAGAUGCGAGAAGCAUAACGGAUACAGAAAUAAACUCGGUACACAGUUUCUUGACUGAAAGAUUUUUACCCAUAACCCAAAAUCUUCAACAUCAAAUUCUUCGCUCAAAAGCUGAAAAUGAUGGUUUUGCACGCCUUGUGAUUGAGCAGACCCAGAGAAGCUCUGAGACAGUUGCAACAUUCACUAGAAUGCAGCUGGAAGCUCUGUCGCAACUACGACAUAGUUUUAGCAUUCCUAUUCAGAUAGUUCAAGAGACAACAGAGCAAAUGCAGAAGGAUCAUAAAAAGAGGCAAGAAGCUAAACAGAAAUAUAAUGAGGAACUUUUCUCCAGUUUACGAAAAUUGAUAGAAAAUGCUAGAAAUAUUGAAAGAAGACACCAAGAAUUUCUUACAGAAGAAAAUGAUGAGUCGGAAACAGAUGAAGAUUUUAAGCAAAUCCAGCAAAAUACAGAGAAAGCUAGUCUUAUGGUAUCAUCUGCUUUGGAAACAGAAGAAAGACGGUGCCGCGAUUUUCAUACUAGCAUAGAGGUGCAUGGCGAAGAAACUUCGGAAAUGGUAAAAGGAUUUCUUGAAAGGAUUUCUAUUGUUAAAAGUGGGCUUGAAGAAUGUAAUGGUGAACUGGAAACUGUUGUAAGGAAAGCAGUUUCAGAUACAGAAGGAGCAUGGUCAAAACAAUACAGUUUCAUUGAGCAACAACUUCGUCAUAUAUCAGAAAAUAUUAGAGAAGCUGAGAAACAGCAUCAAGAUCAUACUCAACUAUUAACUGGGAGUCUCCACAAGUCAGCACAUGCUCAAGAAGUACAUAUAGAAGAACAACGCAUGGCAUAUGCCAGUUUUAUUCGUGACCGUGUCCUUUCUCUCGAACAGCAGUGUGCACAUAUAUCUGACUGGCAGUACAGUAUUGAUGGUCAUGUGCAAGAACGGGAUAAAGAUGUUGAACAGUUCCUUGUGGAAUUGCUACGUCAAGAUAUCCCUACUGGCACCACUCCGCAGAGAAGGCAGUUCAACUACCCGACAACCUUAAUAAAUUCAACACCUACAAGGGUGUUGGAAAAGUUACAAAAAAUUCAUGAAGCUGCGCAACUCAAAAAUAAGCUGGAUCAGGUUAUUUCAGAAGAUGUAGAAGCAGAGAGCACAGACUCCUCCAUCAGUAAUCAAGAUGCAGAAAAUAUAUUAAGGACACCCAUUAGCUUACAUAAAGCUAAGAGUAAUGAGGAUAUUAAUAAAGAGAAUUCACGGCCUAGUGACAAAGAAACGAACAAGUUACUCAAGUCUGCAAGUUUAAAUGAUAUGAAAGUCACACCACGUAAACCUCUGAAUGCUAAAAACUGAAUGCUUUUAUAUCACGACGUUACUUGAAUUUAUUUUGUACAUUCCUGUAAGAGGAAACAAAAGUUUAGUGAACCUCAGCUUUAUCUUGCAAUUAAAUGUAAAUGAAACAUAUAUUGUAGUUGUGCGAAGCUGUCUGUAAAUAUUAUGACAAAGUUUUUACAGCUUGUUUUAAGAGAAAAAAAUGCCAGUAGGGUUAGGUUUUCACUGCCAUUUUUACCAUCAUACAUGUGAAUAUUUAUAGAAAUAUAAUAAAUUGUAUGUUAGUGUGCUAAUGUUCUUUUGUAACUAGGCAUUUAUUUUAAUUUUUUGUACAUUCCUGUAACAAUAACUGAACUUGACAGCUUUGUGUCGAGUCUUACUGUAAAUUAAGGAAACAGUGCCAUUAUGACGCCAAAGUUGUAUUACAGUAAAUUGACUCCAGUUUGUAAUGCUUUUAUAACAAAUCAUUUUUUUGUAUUCCUGUAAAAGAGUGGUCCCAGCGUCAGUCCUUGUGGUACACUUGUAGUAAGUCAGCCACAAUCUGAAGGUGUUGUUUUACAGUGUACGUGCCCUGAGUUUUUUAGUGGAAUAUUCUCCAACCUUUCUGUUAGCAGCCAGAUCUCAAUACCAUACUACUGGAAUUCCUGUUGUAGGAAAAUGGAGUGAGCUGCACAAGAAGAUGCUUUGGACAAAUAACAGAAUACACCAGUUUGCAAUAUUUUGUUUAAAUUUUGUAUAAUUUGAUACAUGAAUAGAAAAAUUGUAAAUUUUAUGGAGAGAUGUAUUUGAAAAUCAAAUUUGAGAAGUAUUGUACUUUGCAAUAGGUGUGUUUUUCUUGUGUACAUAUUAUUUUCCAGCACCUCCAUGAUAGAAAAAACCGUGAGACUGGCCAGUGCAACUGAAAUUUGACUGUACAUAUGUAGCAUUGGCAUUGCUUCAUCCUUUGCAGUAUCAAUGCCAGUCUUCUGAGCUUGUUUAAUACUUGGGUGCCUGACUGUGCUUAAAGAAAGGAGCUGAACAAUAAUGGACAUUCACAUUGCUCCACUUCUCUCUUCAAGUAUUGCCUGAAUUAUUAUUAUAUAGUAUUUCAUGUGAUAUGAAAAUUUUCGUGAUUCAAGACUCUCUCUCUCUCUCUCUCUCUCUCUCUCUCUCUCUCUCUCUCUCUCUCUCUCUCUCUCUCUCUCCUUCCCUCCCUCUCUCCUUUUUUUCCCAUACUGUAUUGGCAACAGAAAAUUGUGAAAAAAAUAAUGUCAAUGGCAGGGGCAUUUUUUGCUUUAGAAAUGUUUGUCAUUGACUAAAUGUGUUGCAUAUUAAUGCACUGCUCUCCUGUGUAAUUCUGGUGGAAACAUUAAGAAUGGAACACUAUUGUAAGUGACAAAGUAAUAGUUUCAAUUUAUGUUCAUCAUAAUUCUUCAGAACAUUAAUAUUAAAAUCUCUUCGAAUA